AUGUAUGCUAGGAUACCCGAGCUUCCGAGUGAUUUGACCGUCCAGAGUGCCGUCAAGGCCACUUUGGGAACCGACCCUGGUUAUGGUGAGGACCUGACCAGCGGGAGCCACGCACUCUACCAACGAGGCAAGGUGUCCUUGCCUCGCGUCGCCACCGGGGUCACACGUCUCGAGGAUGCGUUGCCUGCCUCGGAUCGCUCUCUGUUGGUAGGGGAAUCCACGGGACUUCUGAUGGAUGCCGCUUCUGCCGGCAACUGUUUCGCAGGAAAGCUGGCCUUCGAUCCCCGACUCGCGACGGGCAAGAAGGCCUACGGGCGAUUUUUGAGUGAUCUCUUGUCUCGUCAGAUGCUGGAGGUCGGGGAGGCUACAAAGUUGGUGACCUCAGUGGACGCUUCACUUCACGGGUUCGGCGUCACGGCGUGCAGGAUCGAGUCUAGCAGUGUCGGCAAGGUCGGGGGAGUCAGCGAACGUCGUCGAUUUCGUGGAGAGCUGCGAAAGCGCUCCAGGCCGCGGGACGUCCUGGAAGAUGUGGAGGUGCCCUUCUCGUUCCUCGCUCGUGGGUCCGAUCUCGACUUCUUGGAGACUGGUGCUCUGACGGAGUUCCCCGAAGUUCCCGAGUGGCUCGCCAAGGACUCCCCCUGGUACGACCCUGUCAGCGAGCAUCACGCCAAGUACUUCUAUGUCAGUAACCCUGGUGGCUCGGAGUGCUCUCCGAGCCGCGACGCGCCCACCCCGCUUUCGAAGUCUUUGGAGGCGGUCAUCGGCGAUGGAGUGCCGCACCCUCCGGGCCUCCGACGCCUCGCGGCCGCGGUCCCGUUCGCCUACGGCUUGCCGGGGCCUUGGGAGGCUGCGGGCGGCGGUCAGGCUGGACACGGCGCCGCCGCCGACGACGUCGCCUGCGAGCCCGUCCCGCGGCAGGUGCGGCAGGCGAUGCGCCAGGCGCCGUCGACACUGAUCGAGAGUGCGGGGCUGGCAGCCGCCCGCCUGGCCGAGCUCGGCUUCCGCGCGUCCGCGCUGGGAGCGGCGUGGGUCACGCCGGCGACGCAGGACAACUGCCUGACGCACCUGGAGAUGCGGCUAAGGUGGCUGAUGCUGAGGGAGGCUCCGACGCUCGUCAAGGACGAGUGGGAUCUUCUCCUCGCGAGCUACAUCGAGCACCUGUACGACUCGGGGGCGACCGAGAACGCCGAGGGAGUGACGCUGGCUGCAGUGCGGUGGGCAGAGCCUGCCAUUCCGCGGCCGCUCCGCCGAGGCCCCCCCCUGGCCUCAGACGCGCUGGCCGGCUGGCGGCGGGCCGAGGCGGGCCGGACGAGGCUGCCGAUGCCGCGCGAACUGGGUGUCGCGAUCGCCCUGGACCUGUGCGACUCCUGCUUGCCGAGCCUGGGGUUCUUCGUGAUGCUGGUCUUCGAGACGUAUAUGCGGCUCAGCGAGGUCCUGUCUCUGCAGCGCUCCCAGCUAGUCCCACCAUGCGGCCACGGGCUGCCCGGGCCUGGCAAGACAGGCGACUUCGACGGCAGCGUGAGCCUCGACUCUCCACGGCUCCAGCUGCUGGUGCCAGGUCUCGAGGAGAUCCUCCGCAGGCGGGGCGAGCGGGACCCAGUGUUCCUCUUCGACUACGUGACGCUGCUCAGGCACUGGCGAGCGGCAUGCAUGCGGCUCGGCCUCGAGCACCUGCACCUGACGCCUU